CUGAGUAAAACUACGGUCUCGAUUAUGAACUCCUGUGGGUUGUGCAGGAACUGGCCGUGGUCGUUCUAAGGUUGCAUUCAUACGUGAUGAGCGUGAUGAGCAAGUGAAACUGGUCUACUUUAAAGUUUUAUCCAGGUAUGAGCACAGGAAGUUGAGAAAACCCACAUUCUGGACUACGGAUUGCUGAGGGCUGUAAACGGAAGUGGACAUGGUUUAUUUUUAAGGUUUUAUCCAGAGAUUUUUGAGGAACUGAGAAAAACACGGUCUGAAUUGUGAAUUAAGCAGGAAGUUGUCGUGAUGUAUUUUAAAGUUAUUGUAACAAAUUUGAUCAACACGUUGCCAGGCAACAGCUCUGUAUAAACACGUAAAACACGCAACAAUAGAUAAGGCUGUGUUUUAUAUGUCGUCCGUGCCGAGCAACAGCAGGAACGGGGUUCUCUGUGACCAGUUGUUAGGUUACGCAACGGUUCUUACAGUACAACAUAGUCGUAACCUGAAGAAGUGAGUCUAGAACGUCUAGAAGAACUUUCUGUUCCGAGGUUCCAGAGUGACUGAAGACGAAACAGCUGGAAGACUUCAUAGAGAUUUGAAGUGCUACUUUCCGUGUUGAGAUCUGCUGCCUGGAGACGACCAAUGAAGAUGGACAAUCCUAGUGCGUGUGGAACGGUGAACUGGGUAUUGUGUAAAUCAGCGAUAGCGCUGUAUUGAAGUGUGAUUAAGUGUGACAUCACAUCUGUACUUCUGCAGUUAUUACCAUGGCGACGACACGGCGUCUCUUUAUCAUUGCUACAAUCAUCCUUGCUUGUGCUGCCGUGGCACUGACUGUCACAUCGUUAGUCACCAGCUUCUGGGUGGUAGCAACCCUCUCUGAUCCUGAUGGCGCCUUCGAACCAAGUGACAUUAAUUAUGGGCUGUUUGUAGGUCACAUGGUUGGGACAAGGGCUGGAAUAGUGAAUAUGAACCUCUCCAUGUCGUGCCUCUUCUCAGAGAAUGUGUGCCUUAUGUCCUGCCAGACUGAAGACACAGCACGUGAGGAGGAGUUGGAGAACCUAGUGCAUGGGUCUGUAGAUUUUGUGUGCCCAAAUGUCGAUGGAACCGCAAAUAACACAAACUCAUCAGAAAAGAAGUUCAUCAAUGCAGGCAUCUGGGUCAGCUCUGUGCUGUUUUUGGCAGUGGAACUUCUUGCUGGAGUGUUGGCAGCAGUGUUUGCUGUCAUAAACGCUACUACCAACCCCACGGAACCGAUAGUAGGAGUGUUGGGUCUGUAUGUAUGGAAUGGCAUUGCAGUGGGCUGCACACUCCUGGUCAUGAUUCUCUGGGGCUCCCAGUUUGCUGCCACGCUGUCAGACAACAUAGCCUACUCAGAGACCAUCACUGGCAUCUUCAGUUCACAGGGGCAAGCAAGCCUUGGUGUGUCUUACUGGUUACUCCUCAUCGUGCUGUUCCUUCACAUCGCCAACCUGACACUGCUUGGGGUUCGCGAAUAUCUGCUGUCUCGGGAGCCACCACCCCCUACCAUCAAGAUGGAGGAGAACACAGAUGGAGUCAUUUUCCUGUACUGACAACAAUGCACACAAUGGUGCCAGAGUGUUCCAAAACAGAAUUCUUAAUUAGUAAGAAAGACAAGCUGCUUCUCAUAUCAUAUAAAUUCACUGAAGCAAAUGACAUGGCGAUUUUACUGAAGUGCUGCCUGUUCAUGACAAGGAUAUUCAAUACCAACAAACAUUGCCAUGGUGACCUGGUACAGUGCAACAAGACAUUUCAUAAUUCCUUUUGAGAUGCAUAACCACACUUGAACAUUUAGAGCUUUCCACAUACUUGUUUCACAAGCUCCACACAUUUAUUGGAACUGUGUCGAGUGCAUGGAAUUUACAUCAAGCAGCUUACAUUAUGAAGAUCACUGUCCUCUCUUUCAGGGUGUGAUGCCAUGAAGUCUGGUGGGAUCUUACCAACUGCCCUGAGUCCUCCCUCUCUAUCCACCCUGAAGACUGAGUCAGACACCUCCACACAAGACUACAUGGCAUCAUAUGCCACAAGACAGGAAUCCUUACAGUCAUGACCACAUGAAUGUCAACACGCUGUCUUUGGACCCUCCAAUUUCCUCAGUGAAUGACUGUGGGACCGCUGCUUACCGAUUAUGUCUCUUGUUUACUUACAAUUUGUACCACAUCCAUGAAGCCAAAUUAAUGUUUACAUUAAAGACAUUAGAACUGUAAUUAAUAGUUGUGGAUAAAUGUGUCUUGCUUGGAACACUGCAGUGCCAUCAUACUGUCAGUAUCUGGACAUUCCUCUUGUCAGAGCUGAGUCUCCUGUCUGUGCCAGUGUGCUUUUCUUGGUCACAAACACAAACCCAUAAAAACCACAUACUCCUCAUGACUCACAGGUUUCUUACACAGUGCCCUGUGCAGUCACUCCAGGUCCUCUCAGGCACAGCUACUCUGGUCUUCAGAUUUGAAAAAUGGUUUCACAGUAACUUGACAGCAAUGUGAACAACACAACUGGUGCAAAAUAUCAAAGUGGAUGCAUGUUUGAUACUAUAUGAAUAAUUAACUCGGAACUACAGGAAACUUGUUUUCACAUUGUGACUACACCACAAGAAUUAUGGCUGCUCACUUGCCAGCGUGAGUUUCUGCUUACAGAAUUAUUCCAUAAAAGGCUUAGAUGGCCCAAGGACGAUCUUACAAAAUAUUCCAUUUUCUCUGGUAGUACAUAAUUUUGGAUUCUCCUCAGAGAUGGUGGUGAUGUUUCCUCAGGAACCCUUCAGCAAAAUAAGCAUCCUUGGUACAUCUCGAUCACACUGAAAUACUCAGAGGUCUUCAUUUUUCCAAAAAUAAUCCAGAUCCAUUGUAUUUUCCUGUAUAUGAAAAUCUCACACCAAAGUGGUUAAUGCUGACCAACAACAAGCAUAAAAGAAUAUUUCUAUGGAGAAUGAUGCCAGACUAUGUUUGUGUGUGGACUUUGCAACUCCCAGUACAUUGUACAGAUCUAAACACAACUGUUACUGAUCGUUAAUCUGUCUGGGCUCUCAAUGCCCAACACAAAUUCCGAUCAACAAGUUACCUCAAUUUUUACAAUAUUAAAUUCAUAAAUAAUUCCAGAAUUAUUUAUUGCAUCUGGUUCCUAUUUAGAAAUCAGGCUAAAGAUAUCCAGAACAAGUAUAUCAGGCUACAGUCUAUAAAUCAAGCAAAUACAAAUUUUUCCCCAUGUUCCCUUUUGAGACUGUUAAGAGCAUUGACAUCCAUACUGCAUUACAUACAAGAUGCCUUGAAGCAUGCAUCACAGUUGUGUAACAUGGAUCUCAGUUUUACCAUUUCCAGUUGAUGGUCUCUCACAAUUUGUAUACUAUUCACUUUAAACUUGUCCAGCAGAAAUGUAGACUAAAUAUAUUUCCAUUACAAAUGAUUGUAAUAUUUGUGCCAAUAUUUGAUUAAGUUCUGAUUCGUAUUUAAUAAAUGUUUAUUUAUGAUGCACACAUUAACAUUAUCAAUACAAGUUGAACUGUUACCUACCCGGACUGUAACCAGUCCGAAAUUUCAGGAGAGGGAAAGGGGGAGUUCAUUCACUUGUUGUUGUGGGAAAUACACGCACAAAUUGAGAGCUAUGCUGACUGAGUUUAACAAUUACAAUAAUAUAAUAACGAAAUAAAUAUACAUUUAACAAUAAUAAAGGAAAAAAACAUAUGACGUGAAUACCAGAAAUAAUAUUACAAAAAACCUAGCAUGACCCACUCCGGUCAUUCAAGCCAAUACCUUAUUCAUGGGCCACCGCCCAUUUCACUGACCAUUUACUUUCACAAACCAAGGAAAGAAAAAAAUACCAAUACUCACAUGUGUACAUAUACUCACAGGGUGUAUAUAUACUCAGAGGGUACCCAUACAUAUAUAUUUAUAUAAAACACCUUUGCCUCGCCAUUGCUCCAUAGCUCGGCAAAGGGGCCCUCUCCCGGGACACACAGCGCUGACUUCCAAAAAUAAAUUUAAUUUUGAAAAAGAAAGGAAACCAAACAGAAAUUUCUAAGAACAGGGACAACCACCCUGAACGACCGCCACCCAGGGAAAGAGAGCGAUCGUUUGUGUCAUCUUACCACGACAAGAAGAGGAGGAAGGAAAAAAGAGGGGGAGGGUCAUGUGACAUCGUUGAAAAGAACUUUACAAGAAAUAUGUGAGCAUUGGCUGUGGUGGACUGCAAUUCCAUGACGCCUUUCACGGGGCGAACCCUUUGAAUCGUCUUCAGACAGUUCAAAGUGUCAACUUCUUUUUGAAGUUUGUGAGCCAGAAACAGAUGUAUUUAUCAUUUCUCUCUUAUAGGAGAUCCAGUCAUAUAAUAUAAUGGCUUCUAUACUUCAUCCAUUGUCUAGUACUGCAAACAGAAUGCAAUCUUUUGGAAAACUAGAUCUGUUUCAUCCUCAGGCGAAAAGUUGGAGGGGGCACCUACUCUGUUAGCUGUUAGAGAGAGCUAAUCUGUCAGUGCACCAGGUCCAGUGGCUGAGAUCAGCCCCUUUUCAACAGAUCCCAACACAGGAAUCCUAAACCAAAGUACACACACACCCCAAAGGUAAAACUAUCCUUGUAAUAGACAGUAAAGGCUCCCACAUUAUCUAGACAAUCAGCUCACAUGUCAGUCUUUUAUUGUAUGUGAUCUGUGCAUUUUAUCUACUAACAGAUGUUGAAAUUAUUCUUGAAAACAGGCGAUGGAUCCAAAGUCUAGCAAAUGAAAUGCCAGAACUGUCACAGGUCAAGUGCAUACAACAGCACAUUUUGCUUGAGGAUGGUGUACAACAGACCCAAAAUAUGUUAAGUAGUCUGUUAACCUUUAAGAGCCGAACGACUCCAUAUGGCGUCAUGAAAAUAAAGUCAAGGGGACGAAUGACGCCAUAUG